AUGUCUCGAGCCCCGAGCUGUCCCGCCGCCGCCGCCCCCAAGAAGAAAGCCGACACGCCAAAGGAACCAACUUCUAGUCAGCCCGCCAAGAAGAAGCCCAAGAUUGCUCGGAAACGCAAAAACGACGGCAAUGACAAUAUUCUCGCUUCCGGAACGGAUCCGAAAAGCUUCGUACAAUUACACAAAGGCGAAGGCCAGGUCGGCUCCUACGCCAUGUUCGGCCGCUGGGACGAGUUCCGCAAGUUCAUCCUGUCCAGCCUAGUGCUGAAUGCCUAUACCAAUUCUUACACCGACCGCGGAACAAUCCAAGUGCGCCAGAGGGAUGUACUAGAGUAUAUCCGUGACCGGGAGGAUAGAAUGAAGUCGGAGGCAAGCCCCAUCGACGUAUACCCAGUGCAGAUCGACAAGCAGGAGAAGAAGGCUGUCAGCGCGUUCAAGGCCCUGACAGGAAGGCAAGCAUCGGCUUUUGACCGUUCGGACGUGAGCGUGCAGAGCUUCGGCCCCUACCUCAAGUACGGAGAAAGCGACCUAGAGCCAUACAGCCGCGCGUUCAGCGUGAUCUUGUGUCUUUCGUGGUCAUUGAGCCCCAAAGUAUGGAGCAAAAGGUUCGAAAAUGCCAAGUGGGACGAGGAGGUCCGUUCUAGUACAGCUCACGUCCCGCAUUGGAUGCGGGAGCGAGACGACACAAAGAAGACCGCCAAAGCCCCAGACCAAGCAACAAAUACAUCCGAGCCGCCCAAGCCGAACCUGGAGGUCCUUGUAUCUUGGAAGAUGAUUUCCCUUUUACCUAAGCAACGAGAGCUUACGGGGUGGUUAACAGAAACCGGGCUGAUCGACAACAUCAUACUGGAACUCCGGAUGACGAUCAGGCCAACAGCAACUGUUACGGAAGUCCGCGACAUCAUCCGAGCAAAGUUUCAAUUGGAUCAGAACCAGGCCCAGAUCGCAACGCUGCAGGUGAAAAGCUCGUUGUCGAACAUCAUAAAGCAAGAUUGGAGCGGCGUGCAGAAAGAGCUAUGGUCUGGAAGCGAUUCAAGCCCAGUUGUCGAGAUGACCUUGAUCGACGUUGUCUGA